CCAGUGAUCUCUAUAUAGUAUUAAAAUCUUUGGAUACAGCUGUCAAGUGGCGAGACAGUUUGGUUUACAGGAAUCGAUAUAGAAGUGUAUCGGUUACUGUUGCCGGUAGCAUGACAUUAUUUAAAGAGUAGUAUGCAUCAGGCGUUCUCUUAAAGGAUACACGUCUUAAUUCAAAACAGUAUCGUCGUCUUUUUGUGUAUGUUGAUUGCUAUUAAGAAGUAAAGUAAGCAGAAUUCUACAUACUGUGUGCUACAGUAUCUGUGGGCAAUUGAUAACUAGGAGUCGAGUCCUUGUGGGCGUCAAUUUAGGGGUAGCGGUACUGUGGGUUGCCGAAGUUUAGAGUUGGAAUGUUUGGUGUUCUUACGGGUGUCUUAGUAGUGGAGUUUUAGGUUGUUUACGAACAUCAGCCUUCACCGAAGCGAUGACAACCUCGGAAAAGGGUGAAAUCGCAAAGCUUCAGCAGCACCUAGCUUUACUGAAAGAAGAAUAUGUCAAACUCCAGGCACAUGGAAACGAAUUAGAGAGGAAAUACGCUCUAGCCGCAGCUGCUGCGGGAGAAUUGAACGAAAAUAGUUUCGUUUCCAGACUGUUGAGGACAGUAGCAAGUCUCUUCAAUCAACAGCUAUACAGUGAUAUAAAGGUGAAACUGAGUGGAAGAUUAGUACCUGCUCACCGCCUUGUACUAGAAGCUCGAAGUGAACAUUGGGGUUCGUUGUCUGACAGCUUAGAUUGGAGUUUCUUGGAGCCAGAAGUGGGUUUUGCUGUUCUGAAGUGGGUAUAUACUGAUUUGGUGGAUUUUUCUCAAGGAGAUUCUUUCACACUAGACCUCAUGAAGACUGCCAAUAAGUUCCACCUUGAUGAGCUUGUUGCAAAGUGUGAAAAAGCUCUAAUGGCAUCUGUGAAUGUCCGUAACUGUGUAAGAUUUUACACAACUGCUGAUGAAAUAGGUGCAAAUACACUGAAAGAACACUGCUCAGGACUCAUAUCAGCUCAUUGGGAUGACUUCUCAAGUGAAGACUUUGCUCAUAUGAGUGCACCACUUCUGUACAGUAUGUUCAAGUCAAAAACAGGCUUCCCAUUACAUGCUGCAGUUAGACUUCAUAGAGAAGAUGUGGUUUUUCUGUAUCUUGUUGAAAACAAUGCAGAACUGGGAGUAAAAUUAAACCAGUUAGAUGUUCGUGGUGAUCUUCCAUUGGACUUAGCCCUUCGUGAUCAUCAAACUAGUAUUGCUCGCACUUUGGUGGAACAUAAGGCUGAUCUUGAUGCAAGGGACAGCCAAGGAUACACGCUCUUGCAUCGCGCUAUUGACAGAGGAGAUGAUUACGCAGCAGAAUUCUUGAUAGAACAUGGUGCAGCAGUAGGUGCUGUAACACCAGAGCAAGGCAACACAGCACUGCAUAUGGUGGCAAGUUUGUCACCUGCAACCACAGGGGAUUCAACUAUAAGUGCCAUGACUGGAAUUGCACAGAAACUUUUAAAACAGGGUCUUAGCCCAAAUAUGCAAAACAAACAGGGUUUCACUGCAGUACAUUUAAGUGUCAUGGCGUGCAAUGAACCUAUGUUCUCACUUCUUCUGGAGUCUGACGCAGAUCUCAAUCUGCGCACUGAGGAAGGGCACACCCCAUUGUGGUUUGCACUGCUUGUUGGACCUCCAUACAAUGACAAGAGUUUUGCUGCUAGACUUAUCAAUGCAGGAGCUUCUCCAAACCCAAUCUACACAUCAUCUGCAGACUCACUUCUACACCUUGUGGCCCGUGAAGGUAUAGAAGAAGCUGGACUAUUCCUGUGCACUCAUUCGGCCUACAGCAAUCAUGUCAACAGAAAGGGUGAGAGUCCUCUGCAUGUUGCAUGUGCAAGGGGCCUUAGCAAACUUGUUAGCAAGUUACUUCGCUGUGGAGCUAAUCCCAACUUGCAGACAUUAAGGCUCACGGAAGGAGGAGGGAAUGAUGAUAAAGUAGAGAUGGUAUACAAGCAGACUCCCUUGCAUAUUGCGAUAAUGGAGCAGCAGGAAGAAUCAAUUCAAUCUAUUAUAGACUUCAAAGUGGCUUUGUCGGGACGAAAGGAACAGAAGGGGAUAGCUCCAGAUUUGAACCUGAAGGACUCUUCUGGUAAUACUCCUCUUUCAUUGGCUUUGAGUAAUGGUAUGGAGCAUUUUGUACCCACUCUUAUAGAAGGAGGAGCUGAUGUCAAUGUUCGCAAUGGAAAAGGUCAAACAUUGCUUCACCAAGCUAUUUUGAAGCAGGAUACACAUACAGCAUUAUUUCUUCUUGACCAAGGUGCUGAUAUGAAUGCUGUUACACAAGAGAAUGAAACUUCUCUUCAGUUGGCAAUCCAGAGUCACUUGACUCGCGUUGUGGAAUCUCUUUGUCAGCGUGGUGUGGACAUGUCUGUGCCAGAUGCCAGUGGAAACUGUCCUCUUUGGGCAGCACUUGCAACCGGACAGGAUGACAUUGCCUCUGUUCUUGUUAGGAAUGGAGCAGAUACGGAUUGUUGGUCUGAAGGGCCUGAGGGUUCAUACCAGACCUUACUUCACAGAGCCAUUGAUGAGAACAAUGAAUCAGUAGCUCGGUUUCUUAUACAGAGUGGAUGUGAUAUGAAUGCCCCAAGACGACCUGGACCAGGUGGAAGAGGUGGUGAGGAAGCAAGAAAUCAGCAGGGCCCUCUUCACAUGUGCUGUGAGUGGGGCCUAGAAACUGUAGUACAAACAUUAAUUGAGCAUGGUGCAGCUAUCAACAACAAAGACAUUCAGGGAAAAACUCCGUUACAUAUAGCCAUAGAAAACCAGCAUGAUGGUAUUAUUUCUCUGCUGCUUUGUCAUCCUGGAUUAGACUUAACACUAAGGGACAAAGCUGGUCUAACACCAUUUGCUGCAGCUCUCACAUACCGUAAUAACAGAGCAGCACAGGCCAUCCUUGAUCGUAUGCCUACAGCAGCUGAGCAGUACGAUAAUAAAGGCCGGAACUUUCUGCACACGGCUAUCCAAAAGGGAGACAUGGAGAGUGUUCUUUUUCUGCUUUCCAUACAUGUGGAUGUCAACUCAAGAGUGCAAGAUACUAGUCAGACACCACCAUUGCAGCUUGCUGCAGCUGCUGGAUCAGAAAUGCUUGUCAGAUCAUUGGUGCUUGCUGGAGCAAGGGUAGAUGACCGUGAUGCCCACCAAAGAACAGCUUUGCAUGUUGCAGCGGGAGCAGGCCAUGCGGCUGUUAUAUCAGCUUUGCUGCAGAAUGGUGCUGAUGCUAAUGCUUCAGAUUCAGAAGGGGAUAAUGCAUUGCAUAUAGCUUGCCGUGAAGGUCAACGAGGCACUGCACUUGUGCUUCUUACUGAGUCACAGUUGGAUGCUGAGGCAGCAAACCUGAAAGGGAGAAAUCCUGUGCAUGAACUUGCAGGGGCAUCAAAGGACACAGCAGCUGGAAUUGCUGAAUUGUUCAUAGAAUGUAUUCCACAUUAUCCGCUUGACAAACCAGAUCUUGAUGGCAACACAGCUCUUCUUUUGGCAUACAUGGAAGGCAACGGGAAUUUAUGCCAUACUCUGGUGAGAUUUGGGGCUAGCCUUGGCACUAUGAACAAGGAUGGUGUUACAAUUUUCGACUCCCAAGGUUCAACAAAGGAGCUUCUUCAUAGUUUGCUGGAUAAUUUAUCCCGGGAGCCACGUUUUACAGAAGGUGACAUUUGCUUGGAGUGUGGAAUUAAAUUUGGAGUGAGUGUUCAUAAACAUCACUGCAAUCACUGUGGGCGAAUCCUGUGCAGCAAGUGUUCAGACAGAGAUGUACCUAUCCUGAAGUUUGGUUUGAACAAACCCGUCAGAGUAUGCACUGUAUGCUUCAGUGUGUUACAGGGACCUGGUUAGAAUGAAGUACUUCUGUUCACUUUCCCCCAAUUCCUUUGUGUAUAUAAUGUCAACAUACAGUAAUGUUGUUUUCUCUGAUUUGCAUUUGCUGGCUAGAAUAAUGUUGCUUGGAAUUAAUUGUUAAUUACUGAAAACUCUAAGAAUGUUAAUCAUUUUGAUUAUAAAGGUAGGUGUGUGUGUGUGUGUGUGUGUGUGUGUGUGUGUGUGUGGGGGGGGGGGGGGGGGGGUGGGGGGGGGGGGGGUGGGUGGGUGGGUGUGUGUGUGUGUGUGUUUUCGAGAUGGGGGAGCCUUCAGCCUUAUUUCAUUUCCGCUCUUUUUCCUUGUACAGGAUGGGGUAAAUAAAGUGGCCUGGAUGAAUGGAUACAGUUAAACAUGAAUGUAUGCAUAUAAUGACACCAACAAUGCACACACUACGUGUAUGUGGUGUAGAGCAGUGCAAAGGGGGGAUGAUGGUGUGGUGUCACCGCCAGACACCACACUUGCUAGGUGGUAGCCUUUAAAUUGGCCACGGUCCGGUAGUAAACGUUGGACCCACGUGUUGCCACUAUCAGGGAUUGCAGACCGAGCGCCGCCACACGGCAGGUCUAGACAGACUUCCUAGCACUUGCCCCAGUUGUACAGCCGACUUUGCUAGCGAUGGUUCACUGACUUCUACACUCUCAUUUGCCGAGAUGAUAGUUAGCAUAGCCUUCAGCUACGUUAUUUGCUAUGACCUAGCAAGGCGCCAUUAUCCGUUACUAUUGAUAUUGUGAAAUAUGUACCGUCCAGACUGAUAUUCGUCAUUAAUGGAUUAAAGUUAAGUAUUCCACCAGCUACGUCCGUAGUUUCUAAAUUUUAAUUUCAUUGUCCUGUUCCAGACCUCACACCAGCCUGCGUGAGCUAAAACGCAUGUCUUUCAGCCUCCUCUAGUAACACGGUGUUGGCCCUCCUGCCAACCACAACAGAUGGUACUCACAGUGGAGCAGCACAUGUUCAUUGUGAAAUGUUACGUGAGAACAAAUUUGUGGAAAUAGUGUACCAUGCAAUGCGUAGUCCGAAAAUAGCAUCUGACAAGAUCUGUCUUGAAAAAGUCAAAAACAUUCUGAAUCAUGCCCGCACACCAGAAAAUGAUUGAGUCCUACCAAAUCAAUCCAGCGGCUGUGUUUCUUUGUGCCCUGGAACUCUGUUCUCCAGUCCACUUCUAUUUGUCCCACUCUUUUUCUUACAAUAGCGAAAUUGUAUUUAAUUAUAUUAAAUAGUUGGAAAAUAUAUUACAUACUUUUGAAACAAU